AUGGAGGUGUCCUCGGGGCUGGACACAGCUACUGAUGGCUCUUUUCUUCGGAGUGGACACCAUGAUGAAGAGACGCAGCAAGUCGCGGCAACAGCGGCUCUGCAUCUGCACCUGCAGCAACACCCACAUCAUCCACAGCAACGCCAGCAGCAACACCCACCGCAACAGCAGCAGCUGCUGCAACAGAAGAACAAUGACUCCUACUUAGGCUGUACUCAUCUGUUGCAGUCUGCCCACAGCUCAGCAUCACACUUGCUAUGGCCAGGCGUACAAGCCGCGGUUGCUCCUGCGCCGGCCCAGCUGCCCCUGUGCCCUUCUGGAGGGGCCAGCACCCACACAGACACGGAAAUGCCGGGAGCAGCAGCAGCAGUGUUCGCCUUCGACGGCUGCAGCAGAGGCGUGCCUCUGCAUUUCCAAACCACGCACACCUUCUCCACUGACAACAACACCCUUCAUCAACCGCAGCUGGCAAUGCAUGCAGCUACAAACGAUAAGGGACCCACAGACGCCUCUGUCCCUGUAUGCUCGUCAACAAAUGCAGCGCGAGGAGGGGCCCCGUCGGCAAUGAAGGUUUCUCCCCAGGGGCCCCAGACUGGUGCCGGCAGCCACGUGACAAGUUUGAUCCCCUAUUCUGUCGAGCGAGCGCACCUAAGCGUGCAGCUGGGAGAGAGUAGGGAAGCCUUGACUCUGCAUCAGCAGCAGCAAAAUCAGCAGAUGCAUCAGCAAGGUACUAAGGGGCACAACUUUUUUCCGACCAGUAGCUCUCAUUCACACUUUUUCCACCAGCAAAAACAAAGGCACCAGCAGCAGCUGCAGCAUCUGCAACAAGUACAGCGGCAGCACAUCCAAGCUGGUCAAGUUAACCCUCCUCAGCUCCAGCAGCAGUUGCAGCAACAACUGUUGCAGCAACACUUACACCAGCAGCAGCAUUUACAGCAACACCAGCAGCAGAAACAGGUCACUGAGCAGCAAGCAGUGCAGAGAGGAAUGCGACUACAGUUGCAACAGAACAUGCUUCUUGAGGGGCACGGCUCUGUAGGGUACCCUCUGCAGCCAGAAGUUGCUCUGGAGUGCUACAGCUGCUCGAACAAGUGGAUGGGCCUGAGCUGCAACCACUCUGUUGGUGGGGAUGCUACAGCAGCAACUGCUUCGUCAUCAGCGGCAGCAGUAGGUGCAGCAACACCAGCUAUUCCGGCUUUUCCAUCAACCCCACACGCGCCUUUUAAACCUACCUCGGCUACCGAAGGCUCCCAACGUGCGAACGAGCUCUCUGACUUAGCUGACCCCCGGAGACUGACGGAAGAUGGGGGAACCCCAGCUGAGCUGCCCCUAGCCACCACGCUAGAGAUGUGGCAGGCUAAGCAGGUUCUUAGCCAAAGGGAGUCGAGGCCCUUGCGCCUCACCCGCUUUGAAAUGGUGGAGGCCUACGCAAAGUCAACUCUCUGCCUCUCUUGCGACUCUAUGGAGCACAAAAUUACGAAUUGUCCAUUUGGGGAGUUUGUUUGUCCCAACUGUCACCGAUCUUCCCACAGAGGAGAGCACUGCCCUCUACCCUGCCGUUUCUGCUUUGACCGUCACGCCGGAAUUUCUGUCAAUGAGUGCAUCCGUCGCACAGUGCGGCAGCCUUUGGAGCGUCUGUUGGGCGUAAAGAUGCCUCUAGAUGCUUCUCUUCGCCGUCGGCCUAAGGGGGACUCGUCGAGUCCCGGUGGGGAUGGAGGAGAACUGGCGAACCUGGGCCUGGGUAAGUCAGACCGGCCAAACACGCCCCACGGGCGCAGCGUGUAUGUGAGCAAUAUGUUGCCGGGCACAAGUAAGGAGAGUCUAAGAUCGGCGAUUAACUUCUUGCUGGAGCAUGGGGAGGUGGUAUGCGUGGAGAUGAGGGAGCGGAGCAACUACUUGCCCUAUGCUUUCGUCGAGCUCUCCUCCCUUCAGGCCGCCUACGAGCUUGUGCAGUACAAAAAGGCGGCCCUAAUCAUAGGAGAUCAGGAGCUAAAGGUGCAGUUCAAAAAAAUCGGCUUGGCGUGUUCCAUCCCUGGCCGCAGCACCUCUUCGGGAGCCUCCGAUGGGCUCGACACCAGCCACCGCUCUCCCGUUUCCCUAAUGGCUCCUUUCACUCCCACUGGUCAAACUGUGCAGGAAGUUUGCAGGCUCGUAGCAUACAAAUUGGCUUAUGACUUUGGAUUGCCCUCUCCUGGGCCUUUCCCAUUCUACGGCAGCGGAGAUGGAGAUAACUGUGCCCUUUUUGGUCAGGGAGUGGCAGGCAGAGACCUUGGGGUGCCUCCACAGCCUGGGGGCCCCCUUGUUGCUACGGCUGCUGCCCAUAGCCCCAGCAGGGAUGGCGAGGGCUGCAAGGCCUUCCCUCAAGUCUUCCCCAUGCUGGACAUGGACAGGCAGUCAAAAGACACAGACUCCGCAACGCCUUGGCAUAAAGACGCAAAGGGGCUUCGGGGGAACGCCAGGUUCUUCGAAUCCCAACCCCAGCGCACAGAGCUGGCAGUAGCCGCUGCAGCUGCCACAGCUGGAGGCGGGCUGCCGUCGCUGCAGCAGCUUGACCCUGUACAACAACCCCAACAGCACAGCAGAAGAUUACCCUGUCCAGUGGGAGGCUCCACAAGGGGGACACGCUGCCUACAGAGACCCUCCGAAGCCCUCACGCUUAGAGAGGCGCCCAUGCUGCAACCUACAGCAGCAACAGCAGCAGCAGCCAGUCAAAGGCAGCCACUGACGCGCAUAAAAACGCCGGUACAGGUACAGGGGUCCCACAUGUUGGACCACCCCCAGAGUGCGCAUGCGCCACAGCCGUCGGAGUGCCUAGACACCCGACAAGGGGGCCUCAGCCUCUUCCCUUUCCCUAGUUACCGCCACCCGGUGCCGGAAGUGCAUGCGCCAUUCUGCGGAGAGAAUGAGAGAAGCAGAGACGCCGUGGAGCCUCUUGAGGUGCGGCGAUUGCCUAAAGAUGGCUCUGAAGAGAACGAAGGGAAGUCCGAGGGUCCUGUCAGUGGACCGGCACCUACACAAAGUGCAGAGGAGCCCCCCGUUCAGAGGUUUGAAAGUAGCCCUCUUUCGAGAGCUUCAUCCUUCCAGCUGCGUUCUUUCCAGGACCUGAGACCCCCGUUCUUGAAUGUUUCUCCAGCCGGAAGUGCUUCAGCUGCAGCAGCUGCUGCAGCGUCUGCACUGCAGGAGCCGUGGAGUCUGCCGGGCUCUGCGGCGGGGGAAAGCAGCAAGGGCUGGAGGGGGCAGCAAGUAGACGCGAGCGGCUCCUCCACUGAGACGCCGUCAACCUCCUUAUCUGCCAGUCUUGGCUGCGACUCGCUGCCGUCUCCUUCGGCCUGCAACAGCUAUAUUGCCCCUCGGCUGAAGGAGAUAGAUGAGAGAGAGAGAGACCCAGAAGGCCCUCUCUCUCUCGCAGACGACGCCCAGCCCAAACUCACCGACAUGGAUGGCACCGCAGACACUGACCUCAGCCUCCAGCUCUCUCUGGGGCCCUCUGACUUGGCCGGACCCCUAGGUUCUCCCGGCUUGGAUACACACAUUAGUGCGCGGAGGCAGCUGAGUGCCGCAGGACCAGCUAGCUAUGGAAAGAGCCUCUGCGAAGAUGCUUCGACAGGGCUCCCCACUUGUAUUUCCCCCUUCCCGCCUCACUGGGAUGGCCGACAGACAGAAGGAUCCCAGCAGGAGGCGCAGUCGCAACUUCUUGGGCGCAUGCAACAGAACGCAAGGUCUUACUUCCAGAUGGACCUGUCCGACCUGAUGCCUCCUGGUGGCGGAAGCAGCAGACCACUUGAGGCACUAGAGAUAGAAGGCGCCCUCACUUUUUCUCCCUCCCCUUGCCCCCAACAGGAGGCAGCAGACAAUAUGAACAGCUGGUGGUCAGCCGGCACGAGUUCCCCCCGCGCCUUCUCCCACAGGGCACACCAAAUGGGGCUGCCGUGUCUUGUAAGAAAGCUCAAGUCCCAAGACGAAGCUUGUACAGUCGACACUGGGACUCCCCCGCUGAAUGCUGCUUCUCCCGCAGCGGACACUUCGCUAGUCACUCCACCAGCUGCUGCCCCAACUGCUGAACCCGCUGCAGCAGCAGCCACCGCAGCUGAUGCAAAUGUUGAAUUGGCAGACAGACCAGAUAGCGCCACAGUUCUCGAGCCCGCCGAAGGCGUGCUUAAUGGAGAAGUCCUUCAAGUCUCAACAGACGGAGAGAAGGACCUUGCAGGGGCAGCAAAUGACAGUGUUUCUCCGUGUUCUCUCCCUGCGAGUUCUGCUGGGUGGGCCCCCAGCAGCUCCCCAGGCACUUUUGUUGAGGAGAAAGCUCAAGCCUGUUCACAGGCAGCUGCUACCGCUUCAGGAGCAGCAACAUCUAUUGGUGGCAGUGCGCCGAGACCCCACAGAGGCGCCCCUGCCGCUGAUGCUCUUCAGCUGUGUCAGCCUCCGUCCGUAUCUCCCGACGCUAAGGAUCCGUCCCCGCUCGAAGCAGCAGCAGCUGCCUCUGGCAGUCGCCGCAGCUCCUUGUGUUGUGAAGGAAGCAGUUGGGCUGCCUCCCCAGCUGCUGCAGACGGAGACGGAAACGUCGAAACAAACGACGGAGACGGACGAGACACAGGACAUUCUACACAACAUGUGCGAUCUCACGCACUGCAGCAAAGCGAGACCGGCUCUGCGCCAGCCUCAAGCUGCAGCCCGGCCGGGCCGUGGAACACCAUUGGACAAUUCACAGACUGCUCCGUGGUGACCACUGAUCAGUCCUCCACAAUUCACAACCAGCUCACUACAUUUGCUAGCCCUUUUUACUCAGGCCAGAGAGGGAAGUCCAGCAGUGACCUUAAGCGGACAAAUGGACCUCUGGAAGAGGAGAAUCGUGGAGGUAACUGCCCGUCGUCGCCAGCAGCCCCUCCCAGCCAGCCCCUGCUGCUGCAUCUUGACACUUCCCAGGUGCGUGCACCCUUGAAAUCAAAGCAGGCCCAACAGAGGCCUGAAGGCGACGAGAAUACGCAGCAUACGCGAAAAAUUGCAGCCGAAGAGGCACUGCAACAAGCUUUUCCUGGUUUUGACUCUCGACCAACUGGGACACUCUCUGAGCCUCAGCAGCUGCGACAGGAGCUGCAGCAGGAACAGCAGAACACAGCAAGGCGCCAACCUGCGGUGGACUUCUCAAUUAGAGAGACUGGACUCAGCACGCGUUCACCGGCUGUGGACGUGGAGCAGCAAGACCAGCAGCAACAGCAACACCAGCAGCACGGGCAGGAGGAAUCGAGUCUAAAACGAAGCGACCUGGAGGGAUGUGAUGACAGCUUUCAAAACCCUCAGUUGACGUCCUCUAAGCCUCCUGCUGUUUCCAACCCCAGCGUGGAGCUCCUUUUGGCGCAAAUAGACAACAUAACGAAACAGUUACCGCCCAAAGUGAUCGAAGCUGUCUGGGCCUCUCUGUCCAACGCCCGCGCAAGCUCUGCUGCAGUGCUUGCUGCGGACGCUGGACUGGUUUCACCAGCAUCAGCAGCAACAGCAAGCACAACGACAGCCGCCGCAGCCGGCUUUCCUGCUAAUUCGGAAGCAGCAUCGGCAACGACAGCAGCAGCUUCACCGGCAACUGCUACUGCAUUUGCUGCGCCACGGGGCGUUUGA